AGUGAGUCGAGUAUCUGCCAGGCGCGGGCCACUGUGAUGGUAUAUGAUGAUGGAAAUAAGAAGUGGCUGCCAGCAGGGGCUGGACCACAGACCUUCAGCAGAGUCCAGAUCUAUCACAACCCCUCCACCAAUGCCUUCCGAAUAGUGGGACGCAAGAUGCAGACAGACCAGCAGGUGGUUAUAAACUGCCCUAUCGUGAGAGGGCUAAAGUACAACCAAGCCACACCAAAUUUUCAUCAGUGGCGGGAUGCACGACAGGUGUGGGGGCUCAACUUUGGCAGCAAGGAGGAUGCUGCUCUUUUUGCCAAUGGCAUGUCACAUGCUCUGGAGGUGCUCAACUCUGUGGCAGAUGCAGGUUACGCGACACUUCCACGGCCAAUAUCAAAUGGUCCAUCUCCUGAAGAGAUCGAGCAGCAGAGGAGGUUGGAGCAGCAGAGGUUGGAACAGCAAGAACGGGAGCGACAGGAGCGAGAGCGACAGGAGCGAGAGCGCCAGGAAAGGGAGAGAUUAGAGAGAGAAAGACAAGCUGCAGCAGCACACAUCCCACCCGCUCCACCUAUGCCCACCGGAGGCCCUGCUCCUCCACCUGCCCCUCCUCCUCCACCAGGGCCUCCACCUGCCUCAGGUAUUCCGCCCCCCCCAGGACCUCCACCACCUGGCUCUGGAGGACCCCCGCCUCCGCCACCUCUGCCAUCAAACGAAGGGGGGGGUUUAGAUGGUGGAGCAGCUGGGGGCUUGGCUGCUGCACUGGCUGGAGCAAAACUCCGCAAAGUAUCUAAACAGGAGGAAGCGUCAGCUCCAGUUGGCAGAGCGGACGCUAGUCGUAGCAGCAACUCUUCCAUUGGAGGAGGUGGGGACCUGAUGGGUGAGAUGAGCGCCAUCUUAGCUCGAAGGAGAAAAGCAGCUGACACUGGAGAGAAAGUACCUAUGAAGGCACAGGAUAAUGAGGAUUUGGAGCCUCAGGGUCAAAGUGAGACCACGAGAAGACCUUGGGAGAAAUCCUCAUCCACCAUGACCAGGAAUAACUCCAUUCCCAAGAGCAUGGACUCCACCUCCUCAUUAUCUCAAAGUUCCAGGGUGAAGCCUGCAAACAACAGUAAUGACACAAGUGGAUUCGAUGACUCAGAUUUAGAAAAAAUGAAACAGGAAAUCCUUGAGGAAGUGCGAAAAGAACUUCAAAAAGUAAAGGAGGAAAUAAUCAGAGCAUUUAUUCAGGAGCUGCAAAAGAGAAGCACAUAG